GGGCGGGCGCACGCGCGGCCGUUGUGAGGCCCGGGCCGAGCCGCUCCCUCAGCGCCGGUACCGCCGCCACCGCACCGGCACCGGCACCGCCCGGGCACCGGCACCCGCCGGGCACCGGCGCCCGCCGAGCGCGAGGAACCAGGCCACACCUGCGUCAGACCGCCGGCGCUGACGUCACGGGAGCCCGAGGGGGUGCACGGGCUGUGAUGAAGAACCAGGCAACGGAGGCCAAAGCAGCUCCACGUCCUUCCAGAAGGAGCGGCGGGAUGGGGCUGGAGGAGGGAGACGCUCCGGAGGCUGCAGCCCCCGCGGAAGCUGCCCUGAGCCAGGAGGAUCCCAAAUCCUCCCGCGACGUCUCGGAGGAGCUGAGCCGGCAGCUGGAGGACAUCCUGAGCACCUACUGUGUGGAUGCCAGCCAGGAGAACCCGGGCGAGGACGGCGGGCAGGGCGAUGCCCCCGAGCCCGAGGAGCCCGAGAAGGGCCGGAGCGAAUCCCCCAGGAACGGGGAGCAGGAGCCGGGCGGCCCCGAGCUCAACGGCGAGAAGGAGAACUCCAAGGGCACCGAGGAAUUCCGGCCCGGAGAGGAGGCUGGAGACAGGGAUCAGAAGAGAGCUCAGGAGAAGAAGAAAGCCAAGGGUUUAGGCAAGGAAAUCACUUUGCUGAUGCAGACCCUGAACACCCUGAGCACGUCAGAGGAGAAACUGGCAGCUCUGUGCAAGAAAUACGCUGAGCUGCUGGAGGAGCACCGCAACUCGCAGAAGCAGAUGAAGAUCCUGCAGAAGAAGCAGAGCCAGCUGGUGCAGGAGAAGGAUCACCUGCAGAGCGAGCACAGCAAGGCCAUCCUGGCCAGGAGCAAGCUGGAGAGCCUGUGCCGGGAGCUGCAGAGGCACAACCGCACCCUCAAGGAGGAGGGCGUGCAGCGCGCCAGGGAGGAGGAGGAGAAGAGGAAGGAGGUGACCUCGCACUUCCAGGUGACGCUGAACGACAUCCAGCUGCAGAUGGAGCAGCACAACGAGCGCAACUCCAAACUGCGCCAGGAGAACAUGGAGCUGGCUGAGAGGCUGAAGAAGCUCAUCGAGCAGUACGAGCUCAGGGAGGAGCACAUUGACAAGGUGUUCAAGCACAAGGAGCUGCAGCAGCAGCUGGUGGACGCCAAACUGCAGCAGGCCCAGGAGAUGCUGAAGGAGGCAGAGGAGAGGCACCAGCGGGAGAAGGAUUUUCUGCUGAAGGAAGCUGUGGAAUCACAGAGGAUGUGUGAGCUGAUGAAGCAGCAGGAGACCCACCUCAAGCAGCAGCUGGCUCUGUACACGGAGAAGUUUGAGGAGUUCCAGAACACCCUUUCCAAAAGCAGUGAAGUGUUCACCACGUUCAAACAGGAGAUGGAGAAGAUGACCAAGAAAAUCAAGAAGCUGGAGAAGGAGACCACCAUGUACCGCUCCCGCUGGGAGAGCAGCAACAAGGCCCUCCUGGAGAUGGCAGAAGAGAAAACGCUGCGGGACAAGGAGCUGGAGGGGCUGCAGGUGAAGAUCCAGCGCCUGGAGAAGCUGUGCCGGGCGCUGCAGACGGAGCGCAACGACCUCAACAAGAAGGUGCAGGACCUGUGUGCCCACACGGAGCUGCCAGAGCCCCUGAAGGAGCCCCUGAAGGAGCCAUCCCCAUCCCGGGACAGCUCCGAGGCAGCUCCGCGUUCCCCGAGCUCGGGAAUGGCCCCGGGCAGCCCCGACCCCGCGGGGAUCCCGGCAGAACCGGGGCACAGCGGGACUGAGGAGGGCACCGGGGGCACCGACUGAGCCCCCCCGGGCAGGACACACGGCUGGGGUGAGGGAGGGUGACCUGGGAGCUGCUUUAGAUUCCAUUCUGCUCGUCCUUGGUGGGAAAGGACAGGGCACAGCCCUCCCUGGGGGAUGUGAGAUUUCCUAGUUUUAGGUUUUUUUGGAGGGUUUUUUUUAAGAUUUUAUAUAUAUAUAUAUAUAUAUAUAUAUAUAUGUAUAUAUAUAUAUAUAUAAAUGUGCAGGGCAACACUUUAUCUAUGGAUAUCCAUAAGAAGCAGAAGGGCCCAGCUCCCUGCCUGUGUGAAUAUUGAAAAGAUGGAGCUUCAACUGAUUGUCCCUCUCACUAAAGGACCUUGUCACUGGCAGGCUCAGCAGAGCAGAGCCAGGGAUCUGUGCCCCUGCACAGCUACAAGGGACAUGCCUCCACUGUCACGAGAGUGACAGCAGAGCUGGGAGAAUCCCAGAGCAUUCCCAGGGCUGGAUUCUCCCCAUUCCCUCUGCUCCCAGGGGGAGCUCCUGGCAGCUCGUGGGCGAGCCGAGGGCACCAGAGGCCGUUCCCCUGCCCUCUGCGGGCUCUGGGUCUGCAGUGGGGACGAGGAGAAGCAGGAGAAGGGGGUGCCCGCUCCCACCCUUGGGAAUUCUUGCUCUUCCCAGGCCCUGCCAAUCUCAAAACCGCCUUACAAUUCACAGUUGCCUCUUUGCUGAACGCACACGUGCACAAAGUGUAUUAAACAGUUAACCCAAAGGUCUAAUUCCCAAGUGUUUCGCAGCGUUGUGCACAGGGACUGGGGAGGUGCCCCAGCCCUGGAGGCAUCCACGGGGCUGGGAAGGGCUCCAGGAGGAUCCCAGCUCAGAGCUCUGCGUGCUCCUGGGGCUGCUCCUGCAUCCCCCCGGCCUGGGGGUGCCUGUGCUGUCCCAGCCCCACUUCUCCUCUCCCUCUCUGCCUGGAAGAGCAUCUCCCCAGUGCUGCCUCACCCCGCGGGGCCUGGAUGUGCUGGGAGGGAGUUUAGGGACACACGUGGGACCUGCUGGCACCAGGUUUUGGGAUUUUCCUCAGUUUGUCAAGACUUUUGUCUUUUUGCUGUUCAUUUGGAAGACUUGGACUCACUUCAAACCUCGCUGCAGCUUCUCUUGGUGACAGACUUUAUUCCCAGCGUUGUGCUGGAAGCUGAUCCCCACCGUGGAUGGAGCCACUGGAUCCCUCUGGGAUUCUCUCCUGGCACCACAGCUGCUCUCACACCUUCCCUCCACGAAGGAGCUGCCUCCGUGCCCCCUGCUCCUCCAGAGGAUUCCCGGGAAUGCUGAGGAUGGACAGGCCCUGAGGCUCCACAGGCUGGGCAUCCACUGGGACAGUCCCUGGAGCUCUGGUGGCUUUGUCUUCCAGCCCCAGCGUGGCUCCUCCAGGAUGAUCCAUGAAUGUAACCCGGCCGGGCUGAGCGAGGGCUGCUGCCGAGAUCUGGACUUCAUUAAAGCAAAACCCCUUAGAAAUUCACCAAACCCCCUUUUAUUUUUCUGUCUUUUCCCUGUUAAGGUACAGAAACCUCCUCGUGUGUAUCCUGUAUCCAAUAGAGACACUCCCAACCUCG